AUGAUUCAGUAUAUGGAAGAAGCUCGAUGUCAGGGUAUGAUUCGUAUGACAGAGAAGAUUUCAUUGACUAUGGAAUAUUUAAAUUAUUUACUCGAUGUAUAUUUCUUUAGUCCUGAGGAAUUAGCCAAGAACAGCGCUGUAUUAACAUGGAAAACACGAAUUAUUCCUGAAUUUGAUGCAAAUGACAAAUUACAAGAACGAAUGCGUUCAGUUGGUGAAGCAGCUGUUGUAGCAAAACGUGAAAAAUUAAUGGCUGAAUUAAAUCGAUUGAAAAAUCGUGUUGAUGAAUUUAAUGAUUAUGGUGAAGUAGAUGCUGAAAUGCAAAAUCAAUAUGUUCAAGAUGUUCGAGGAGUUUUAAAACGUCUUCAAGAUGCAGAAAAUGAAAAAAUGUGGAUUAAUAAAGAAGAGGAUUUAUACAAACUUCCAAUUAGUAAUUAUCCUGAAGUGGAAGAGAUUCGAAAUUCAGCAGAACCAUUUCUCAAAUUAUUUACUACUGUAGUUAAGUAUACUAAAUCAGAAAGACGUUGGCUUUAUGGCGAAUUUGAUAAGUUAAACGCUGAAGCAAUCGAUGCUGAAGUAGAAGAAUAUUGGCGUGAAUUGUACAAACUCCAAAAAUUUUUCACAGCGAAAUAUAAAAAAAUGACUAUGGAAGCAGAUGAAAGAAAUAAAGCGCGGAAAAAGCGACGUCGUUUGGCAAGUAUAGACACAGGUACAACAGCUCCAGAUGUGACAAAGGAAGAUGUUACUACGAUAGUUGAACAGGAAGAUGAUGAAAUGGAAGAGGUUAAACCGCCUGCAGCUUUAAAUAUAAUUAAAGAUGUUCAAAAUGAAAUGAAAAAAUUUAAGGAAAAUAUACCAAUUAUUGCGAUAUUAUGCAAUCCAGGUAUAAGAAAACGACACUGGGAUGCAAUGUCACAGAUAGCUGGUAAAGAUUUAACACCAGAUAGUGGUACAUCAUUAGCUAAAAUGCUUCAAUUAAAUUUAGACUCAUUUAUGGAACAAUUUGCUAGUAUAUCAAGUGGAGCUAGUAAAGAAUUUACUUUAGAGACUAAUAUGAAUAAAAUGCAUGAUGAUUGGACUGAAAUAUCGUUUAAUUUAAUUCCAUAUCGUGAAUCUGGUAUAUUUAUACUUGCUUCUGUUGAUGAUAUACAACAAAUGUUAGAUGAUCAGAUAAGUAAAACACAAACAAUGCGAGGAUCACCAUUUAUUAAACCAUUUGAAAAAGAAAUUAAAGCAUGGGAAGAACGUCUUCUGCAUAUACAAGAAACAUUGGAUGAAUGGUUAAAAAUGCAAGCUCAGUGGUUAUAUCUAGAUCCGAUAUUUAGUUCAGAAGAUAUUAUGCAACAAAUGCCUGAAGAAGGACGUCUUUUUCAAGUUGUUAACCGUAAUUUCAAAGAUAUCAUGAAAAAUACAGCUAAAGAUCCAAAUGUUUUGAAGGCAACUGAUUUUCUUGGAAUUUUAGAAAAAAUUAAAGAUAGUAAUGGAUUAUUAGAUAAAAUUAAUAAAGGUUUAAAUGCUUAUUUAGAAAAGAAACGUUUAUAUUUUGCAAGAUUUUUCUUUUUAUCUAAUGAUGAAAUGUUAGAAAUAUUAUCAGAAACAAAAGAUCCAUUACGUGUACAACCACAUUUGAAAAAAUGUUUUGAAGGUAUAGCCAAAUUAGAAUUUGAUAAACAAUUGGAUAUUAAAGCAAUGUAUUCAAGUGAAGGUGAAAAAGUUCAAUUUAGUCAGCCAAUAAGUACGUCGGAAGCACGUGGUUCAGUAGAAAAAUGGCUAUUACAAGUAGAAAAGAUAAUGCUCAUGUCUGUUCGUGAUGUGAUAGCAGCUGCUAGAGAAGCUUAUGAUAAAGAAGAACGUGAAUUAUGGGUUUGUCAAUGGCCUGGACAAGUUGUUCUCUGUGUAUCACAAAUCUAUUGGACAUAUGAAGUACAUGAAUCACUUAUUUAUGGUAUUAAAGGUUUAGAAAAUUAUUAUAAAAAAUUAGAUCAACAAAUGAAUGCUAUUGUUAAAUUAGUUCGUGUAAAAUUAAAUGCACAACAACGUAUAACACUUGGAGCACUUGUUGUUAUUGAUGUACAUGCACGCGAUGUUGUUCAUGAUAUGAUUAAAUUAGGUGUUACAUCAGAAAAUGAUUUCAAUUGGUUAUCACAGUUAAGAUAUUAUUGGGAAAAUGAAAAUGUUCAGGUCAAACUUACAAAUGCUAAAGUGUCAUAUGCUUAUGAAUAUUUGGGUAAUUCUCCCCGUCUUGUCAUUACUCCACUUACGGAUCGAUGUUACCGAACAUUAAUUGGUGCUUAUCACUUGAAUUUGAAUGGCGCUCCAGAAGGCCCUGCUGGAACAGGUAAAACAGAAACGACAAAGGAUUUGGCCAAAGCACUUGCUGUUCAAUGUGUUGUAUUCAACUGCUCGGAUGGCUUAGAUUACAUUGCUAUGGGUAAAUUCUUCAAAGGACUUGCUUCUUCUGGAGCGUGGGCUUGUUUCGAUGAAUUCAAUCGUAUUGAACUUGAAGUUUUAUCCGUCGUAGCCCAACAGAUUCUUUGUAUUAUACGAGCUAUUCAAUCUCACUUAGAAGUAUUCAUAUUUGAAGGAACUGAAUUAAAUUUAAAUCGUAAUUGUUAUGUGUGUAUAACAAUGAAUCCUGGUUAUGCAGGUCGAUCGGAAUUACCAGAUAAUUUAAAAGUUUUAUUUCGUCCAGUAGCUAUGAUGGUUCCAGAUUAUGCUAUGAUUGGUGAAAUAUCACUUUAUUCUUAUGGUUUUAUGGAUGCACGUAGUUUAUCUGUAAAAAUUGUUACCACAUAUCGUUUAUGCUCAGAACAAUUAUCAUCUCAAGCUCAUUAUGAUUAUGGUAUGCGUGCUGUCAAAGCUGUUCUACAAGCAGCUGGUAAUUUAAAAUUAAAAUAUCCUGAUGAAAAUGAAAAUAUUAUUCUCUUACGUUCGAUUAUCGAUGUGAAUUUGCCUAAAUUUCUAGCUCAUGAUAUUCCUCUAUUUCGUGGUAUUAUAUCAGAUUUAUUUCCUGGUGUUACGUUGCCAGAAGCAGAUUAUAGUAUUUUCUUAGCUGAAGUACAUAAAGUAUGUCAAGAAAGAAAUAUACAAGCUGUUAACUUUUUCACUGAAAAAAUUAUACAAACAUAUGAAAUGAUGAUUGUACGACAUGGUUUUAUGCUUGUUGGUGAACCAUUUGGAUCUAAGACUACCGUGCUGCAUACAUUAGCUACAGUGAUGACACGGUUAAAUGAAAAUGGUCACGAUGAAUAUGAAAAAGUGAUUUAUAAAACAAUUAACCCUAAAGCAAUUACAAUGGGACAGUUAUUCGGUGAAUUCGAUCCUGUUUCACAUGAAUGGACUGAUGGUGUAACAGCGAAUACAUUUCGAGAAUUUGCAUCAAACGAUACACCAGAUAGAAAAUGGGUUGUAUUUGACGGACCCAUCGAUACAUUAUGGAUUGAAAGCAUGAAUACUGUAUUAGAUGAUAAUAAGAAAUUAUGUCUAAUGUCUGGUGAAAUUAUUCAAAUGUCUCGUGUAAUGAGUCUUAUAUUUGAAACAAUGGACUUAUCGCAAGCAUCACCAGCUACAGUAUCACGAUGUGGUAUGAUAUAUAUGGAGCCUUUAUCCUUAGGUUGGCGUCCACUAGUUCGCUCAUGGAUGAAUCGUUUACCAACAUCAUUAACAACUGGUGACACUAAAGAUAUGAUAAAUUCAUUCUUUGAAUGGUCUCUGGACCCGUGCAUGGAAUUUAUACAAACUAAUUGUCGUACAUUAGUAGCUACACGUCAAGGCAAUUUAGUUACAUCGUGUUUAGGAUUCAUUGAUAUGCUUAUUGAAGAUGUAGCUAAUGAAGAAGAUGCAAAUGAAAAUCGUUAUUUACGUUUAUGGUUACAAACAUCUAUUGUAUUUGGUAUUAUUUGGGGUAUUGGUGGUUGUCUAGAUUAUAAUAGCCGACAAAAAUUCGAUCAUUUCUUAAGAAAUUUAUUGUCUGGUACAAAUGAAAAACAUCCUUUACCAAAAGAAUUGGGACAAAAACUUGAUUUUCCAUUUCCAGAAUCUGGUCUCGUUUAUGAUUAUUAUUAUAAAUUCAAAAGUCGCGGUUCCUGGAGACACUGGAAUGAAAAGAAUAAAACUGAUGACCAAGUUUCUGAUAGAAAAAUACGUGAAAUUAUUGUACCUACAAUGGAUACAGCACGUUAUAAAUUUAUAGUUGAUUUAUGCAUGAAGAAACAUCGUCCACUUUUGUACGCAGGUCCAACUGGAACCGGAAAAUCAGUAUAUGUCCAAGAAAAGUUAAUGAGAGAUAUUGAUAAAGAUAAGUAUGUAGCCUAUUUUGUCAACUUUUCUGCUCAAACAAGUGCAAAUCAAACUCAGUUUAUUGUUAUGUCAAAACUUGAUAGAAGACGUAAAGGUGUUUAUGGUCCACCAAUGGGUAAAACAGCUGUCUUAUUUGUUGAUGAUUUAAAUAUGCCAACUAAAGAGAUUUAUGGAGCUCAACCGCCUAUUGAACUACUACGAAUGUUUAUUGAUCAUGGUUAUUGGUAUGAUUUAAAGGACACCACAAAAUUAAUAUUACAAGACAUUCAUUUAAUUGGAGCAAUGGGACCUCCAGGAGGUGGACGUAAUGAUGUGACACAACGUUUUAUGCGACAUUUUCAUGUAAUCAGUAUGACACCAUUUAAUGAUGAAACUAUGACAAGAAUAUUUUCAACAUUGAUGAAUAUUUAUAUACGCUCACAAGAAUUUAGUUCUGAGUAUAUAACAGUUGGUCAAAUCAUUGUAUCAUCAACGUUAGAAGUUUAUAAAGCUGCAAUUGAAAAUCUAUUGCCUACACCAGCUAAAUCACAUUAUUUAUUCAAUCUACGUGAUUUUAGUCGUGUUAUCCUAGGUACUUGUUUGAUACAAAAAGAUCGAGUUGAAAGUAAACAUACUUUUUCACGGUUAUGGGCUCAUGAAGUAAUGAGAGUAUUUUAUGAUCGUUUAACAGAUGAUGCAGAUAGAACGUGGUUAUAUGAAUUCAUUAAACGUUGUUUACAGAAUAAUUUUAAAGAGAAAUUUGAUCAAUUGUUUUCUCAUUUGACUAUGAAAGAAGGUGAAGAAAUCCGUGAAACACAUUUGAGUAGUUAUUUAAUGUUUGGUGAUUUUAUGAAUCCUGAAUCAAUGCCAGAAGAUAGAGUCUAUGAAGAAAUUAAAGAUAUUCAAGCAAUGUAUCCUAUUGUGGAACAUUGUUUAGAAGAUUACAACAAUGCUAACAAAAAGAAAAUGUCAUUAGUCAUAUUUAGAUAUGUUCUGGAGCAUUUAUCAAGAAUUUGUCGGAUCCUUCGAGUUCCUGGCGGUCACGCAUUACUAGUUGGUGUUGGUGGUUCUGGGCGUCAAUCACUAACUAGAUUAGCAUCAGCAAUGGCAGGUUAUACAGUAUUUCAACCUGAAAUAUCUAAAAAUUAUGGUAAAAAUGAAUGGCGUGAAGAUAUAAAGACUUUACUACGACGAGCUGGCGCAGAAGGUAAAAAUACUGUCUUUCUAAUGACUGAUAGUCAAAUCAAAGAAGAAACUUUCUUAGAAGAUAUAGAUAGUUUACUCAAUUCUGGUGAAGUUCCAAAUCUUUAUAGUUCUGAAGAAAAAGCUGAAUUAAUGGAUAUCAUACAAAGUAGUCUUGCAGCAUCAGGUGGACAUAAAUCACUUGAUCUAUCACCUUUAGCAUUGUAUGCUUUAUUUGUGGAUAGAUGUCGAGAAAAAUUGCAUGUAGUUAUGGCAUUUUCACCUAUAGGAGAAGCAUUUAGAAAUCGUUUAAGACAAUUCCCUGCUUUAAUUAACUGCUGCACCAUUGAUUGGUUUCAGCCUUGGCCGGAAGAUGGUUUAGUUCGAGUUGCCAAUAAAGCACUUCAAAAUUUGGAUAUGGAAAAUGAUAUUCGUGAAUCUACUGUACAUUUAUUCAAAUAUUUUCACACUUCAAUUACACCAUUAGCUGAGAAAUUUUUGAUGAAUUUAGGUCGAAAAACUUAUGUAACACCAACUUCAUAUUUAGAAUUAAUUGAUAGUUUUCAAAGAUUAUUAACUCAAAAACAAAAUGAUACAAUGAAAGCUAAAAUGCGCUAUGUCAAUGGCCUAGAUAAAUUAGCGUUCGCUGCAGAACAAGUAGCUGAUAUGCAAAUCAAAUUAGAAGAACUUCAACCUCAGCUUGUAUUAGCCAGUGAAGAGAAUGAAAAACUUUUAACUGUUAUAGCUACAGAAUCAGUGACAGUUGAAGAACAACGUGUUAAAGUAAAAGCUGAAGAAGAAAUUGUCAAUCAAAAAGCUGAUGCUUCUAAAGCAUUAAGUGAUGAAUGUCGAGCUGAUUUAGCUGAAGCACAACCUGCAUUAGAAGCGGCUCUUUCUGCAUUAGACACACUUAAACCAUCUGAUAUUACAAUAGUGAAAUCAAUGCAAAAUCCUCCACCUGGUGUCAAACUUGUCAUGGAAGGUGUUUGUGUUAUGCGUGAUAUUAAACCAGAUAAAGUAAAUGAUCCAUCAGGAACCGGUAAAAAGAUUAAUGAUUAUUGGGGACCAUCAAAGAAACUACUUGGUGAUUUGAAUUUUUUAAAUCUAUUGAAGGAGUAUAACAAAGAUAAUAUCAACCCAACGAUCAUGCAACGUAUACGAAAAGAUUUCAUGACAAAUCCUGAAUUCGACCCAACCAAAGUAGCUCGUGCUAGUUCAGCUGCUGAAGGUUUAUGCAAGUGGAUAUUAGCUAUGGAACAGUAUGAUCGUGUAGCUAAAAUUGUAGCACCAAAGCGUAUUAAAUUAGCUGAAGCUGAAGCAGAAUUAACAGAGAAUAUGGCAUGUUUAAAAAAGACACAAGAUGCAUUAGCUGAAGUUGAAGCUAAAUUAGAAAAUUUACAAAAUCAACUUAAAUCUACACAAAACGAGAAAAAACGCCUGGAAGAUGAAGUAUCAAAUUGUGCAACUAAAUUAGAAAGAGCUACAAAGUUGAUAGGUGGUUUAGGUGGUGAAAAAGACCGUUGGCGUCAAGCAGCUGAAUAUCUUGAAAAAUUAUAUGAUAAUCUUAUUGGUGAUGUACUGAUAUCAGCUGGAAUAAUUGCUUAUUUGGGACCAUUUACAUCGACUUACAGAGAAGAAUGUAUUUCAAAUUGGAUUAUUCAAUGUAAACAACAAAAUAUCACUUGUUCUGAACCUUUUUCAUUAACUCAAUGUCUUGGUGAUCCGGUAAAAAUUCAACAAUGGAAUAUCGAUGGUUUGCCACGUGAUGCUUUUUCGAUAGACAAUAGUGUUAUUGUAGCAAAUGCUAGAAGAUGGCCACUGAUGAUUGAUCCACAAGGUCAAGCUAAUAAAUGGAUAAAGAAUAUGGAAAAAGAUACAGGAAUCACUGUUGUCAAAUUAACAGAUAAUGAUUUCAUUAGAAAUUUAGAAAAUGGUAUUCAAUUCGGUACACCAAUACUUUUGGAAAAUGUCGGUGAAGAUUUAGAUCCAAGUUUGGAACCUCUAUUACUAAAACAAACAUUUAAACAAGGUGGUGUGGAUAUGAUACGUUUAGGUGAAAAUAUCAUUGAGUAUUCAAAAGAUUUUCGUUUGUACAUCACAACUAAACUAAGAAAUCCACAUUAUUUACCAGAAAUUGCUGUGAAAGUUUCAUUAUUAAACUUUAUGAUUACGUUAGAAGGUUUAGAAGAUCAGUUACUGGGUAUUGUUGUCGCUAAAGAAAAACCAGAACUUGAAGAAGCUCGUCAAGAAUUAAUAAUAACAACAGCAAAUAAUAAACGUAUGCUUAAAGAAACUGAAGACAAGAUAUUAGCUACUUUAUCAGAAUCUGAAGGGAAUAUUUUAGAGAAUGAAGCUGCUAUUGAAAUACUUGAUUCAUCUAAAUUAAUUUCAGAUGAUAUUUUCAAAAAGCAAAAAGUUGCUGAAGAAACCCAAAAGAAGAUUGACAGUGCGAGAAUGGAUUAUUCAUCAAUUGCUAAACAUUCUGCUGUACUCUUCUUUUCAUUAACAGAUCUACCUAAUAUCGAUCCAAUGUAUCAAUACUCAUUAGCAUGGUUUGUAAAUCUCUACGUUAAUUCAAUUCACGAUAGUAAUAAAUCAAAAAUAUUGGAAAGACGAUUACGCUAUUUAAAAGAUCAUUUUGAAUAUAAUCUGUAUACAAAUGUAUGUCGUUCAUUAUUUGAAAAGCAUAAAGUAUUGUUCGCAUUUAGUAUGUGUAUCAAUAUUGUUAAAUCUCGAGGUGAACUAGAAAUGAAUGAAUUUAUGUUCUUUUUAACUGGAGGUGUUGGAUUAGAAAAUAAAUUAGCUAAUCCAGCUAAUAAUUGGUUAUCGGACAAAUGUUGGGAUGAAAUAUGUCGUUUAUCAGCAUUAAAAGGAUUUGAAACAUUUCGUGAACAUUUUACAACACAUUUAAAUGAAUGGAAACAAUAUUAUGAUAGUAAAGAUCCUCAAGAAGAUAAACUACCUGAACCAUGGGAUAAAUUAGAUGUAUUUAAAAGUUUGAUUAUACUUCGAUGCAUACGUCCAGAUAAGGUGGUUCCUGGUGUAAUGAAUUAUGUGAGGGAGAAGUUGGGCAGGAAAUUUGUUGAACCUCCACCAUUCGAUUUGGCGAAAUCUUAUCAAGACUCAAGUUGUACCACACCACUAAUUUUUAUUCUUUCUCCUGGAGCUGAUCCAACAAUGGCGUUAUUGAAAUUCGCUACAGACAAAGGUUUUGGAGGUGCACGCUUUCAGUCUAUUAGUCUUGGACAGGGUCAAGGUCCAAUCGCGGCAAAAAUGAUCGCACAGGGUAAACAAGACGGAUCUUGGGUUUUAUUGCAAAAUUGUCAUUUAGCUGUGAGUUGGAUGACGGCACUUGAGAAAAUUUGUGAAGAUAUGACUGUGGCGAAUACGAAUGCAUCAUUUCGUUUAUGGCUUACGAGUUAUCCAUCACCAAAGUUUCCAGUUACUGUCCUACAAAACGGUAUUAAAAUGACAAAUGAACCACCUACUGGUUUAAGACAAAAUCUUUUACAGUCUUAUUUAAAUGAUCCAAUAUCUGAUCCAGAGUUUUUCAAUGGCUGUCCAAAUAAAGAAGCUAUUUUUGAGAAAUUAUUGUUCGGCUUGUGUUUCUUUCAUGCUCUUGUACAAGAACGUAUUAAAUUUGGUCCACUUGGAUGGAAUAUACCUUAUGGAUUUAAUGAAUCAGACUUACGUAUAUCAGUCAGACAGUUACAAAUGUUUGUAAACGAAUAUGAUAAGGUUCCAUAUGAUGCUAUCCAGUAUAUGACUGGUGAAUGUAACUAUGGUGGUCGAGUAACAGAUGAACGUGACCGUAGAUGUUUAAUGACAAUAUUAUUAGAUUUCUUAUGUCAAAAUGUUGUAAGUGAUCCACACUAUAAAUUUUCUCCAAGUGGUUUGUAUUAUGCUCCACCCAAAAUGGAAUAUAAUGAAUAUUUGGAAUUUAUUAAAGGUUUGCCCGCUAUACAAGCUCCUGAAGUGUUUGGAAUGCAUGGAAAUGUUGAUAUCACACGGGAGUUGAGUGAAACACGCACAUUGUUCGAUUCAAUUCUAUUAACUGUUGGUCAGACAUCAUCGGAAGUGGGUGGAUUUACGGAUUCACGAAUUGAUGCAAUAGCUAAUGAUAUCCUCGGUAAAUUACCAAACGCCUAUGAUAUAUCUGAAGCAUAUAAAAAAUAUCCAGUCAAGUAUGAAGAAAGUAUGAAUACUGUUCUUGUACAAGAAAUGGAACGUUUUAAUAAUUUAACAACAAUUAUCAAAUCAACAUUGAAUGAUCUUAGAAAAGCAAUCAAAGGUCUUGCAAUUAUGUCUGAUAGUUUAGAAUCCUUAGCAACUGCUUUGUCUAUUGGAAAGUUACCAGCUAUAUGGGCACAUCGAUCAUAUCCAAGUUUGAAGCCUCUUGGAUCAUAUAUCAGUGAUCUUAUUGCAAGGUUAAACUUCUUUCAAGAAUGGUUUAUUCAUGAUAAACCAUCAACUUAUUGGGUAUCUGGAUUCUUUUUUACACAAGCAUUUUUAACUGGAGUUUUACAAAAUUAUGCACGUCGAACAAAAAUUCCCAUUGAUCUAUUGGCUUUUGAUUUUGAAGUUCGUCCAACACACAAAGAAACUAAAGAUCCUCCUAAUGGGGCUUAUAUUCACGGCUUGUUUUUGGAUGGAUGUCGUUGGGACUAUGACAGCAUGGAACUUGGUGAACAAUAUCCAAAAAUAUUAAACGAACCGAUGCCAAUUAUCUGGUUGAAACCUAUAAUUCGCGAGGAACUUGAGGCAUUAUCAACCAAACUAAUUAGAUACAGUUGUCCAGUUUAUAAAACAAGUGAACGUCGUGGUACACUUUCUACAACUGGACAUUCAACCAAUUUUGUUUUACCGAUAUUACUCCCAACAAGUGUUAAUCCAAAUCAUUGGAUAAAACGAGGAGCUGCUCUUUUGUGUCAGUUAGAUGACUAA